AUGAGCCACUCUCUCUGGAAAUACUUCUUUGACGAUGAUGUCGAUGGAUUUCGACACUAUCUGGCAAGAGCCACCUUCGACCGCAAUGCACCGAAAGGUCUGGGUGGCGCCUAUAGCCAUUCCCUCAAAGCAGGAAGUCCUGGUACUCUCGCGACAUCCCCGAGGACGCCUGUCAAGAGCAGGAAGGCUGGAAAGAUAAUCUUGACAAGAUCUGACAUCAAUGCAAGAGACGGAUUUGGUCGCACCUUGUUACACCAUGCGGUAUCUUCGCGCAGCGACAAUGCGCAGGAAUUCGUUAAGGUCCUGCUCGAAACACCAUUCCUCGAUCUCUAUGUGCAAGACACGGAAAGCGGAUGGACGGCAUUGCAUCGCUCACUCUACUCUGGCAAUAUCGCAGCUGCCCAGGCUCUCAUGGUGAAGGACAUUCAAAAUGCCACCGAUUACACAACCAAUGUCUCUCACGUCAAUGCGGGUGGCCUUGUAAAGAUCAAAGACCACGAAGGUAAUAGCCCUUUCGAGCUGUUCGGUCUGACUACCGCUCCUCGAGAUCUCCAGCAAGACGAGAACACACUCGAUGCUGCUGAAACUGCAAGCUUGUUGAGCGGGGAUAUGGACGAACGAGCAGCGACAGCUCAGCGCGACACCAACCCAGUGAACGACCUGAACGGCGAAGAAGUCUUUGCAUUCGGAAGCAAUAAGAAUAUCACUCUUGGCCUAGGCGAUGGUGACGAUAGAACGUUCCCAGAACGUGUACAACUCGUACGUCCUGCACAUCUCAUGCAACAUCUCUUCGAGGAUUUCCAGAGACAACGUCGGCAAGAAUCGCUCAACAACGAUCUCUAUGGAGACUUGCCUGAUGUUGGAGCGCUACCGGCUGUUGUCAAGAACAAGCCGUUUACGAUACAGGAUGUCGUCAUGUCAAAGCUUCAUACAGCUAUUCUGACCAAGGAUCCUGUAUCCAAUCUGCAUGUUUGCGGCUUUGGUCCUGGUGGUCGCCUUGGGACUGGCGAUGAGGUAACUCGUUUCGCUUUCACCUGCAUACAAGGUGGUGGCCUCGCUAAACGACGCGUCGCGAGUGUUGCACUUGGCCAAGAUCACACCGUGGUUGUAUGCUCAUCUGGUGAAGUGUUUACUUGGGGCAGUAACAAGUAUGGUCAAUUAGGUUACGAGCUUCCUGAGGUAUCGGCGCAAAAAGUCCCCUUGCAGCUCACUCCCAGGCAGAUAUAUGGUUUGAUCAAGAAAGAACAAAUUAUUGGUGCCGCGGCUUCGUCCCUGCAUUCUGCCAUUUACACUGCGUCUGGAUUGUACACAUUUGGCAAAAAUGAAGGCCAGCUUGGACUAAUGGAUGCUGAUGCGCGAUCUCUCGAUAUGCAAAUUGUGCCGCGUCGUGUCGGAGUCUCCAUCAUUCAGCACCCUGUCCAGUCUGUCGCUGCCAUCGAUCGUGCUACAACCGUAUUGCUCGAGAACCACGAGGUUCUUGUCUUCACGCACUAUGGUUUUACCAAGAUUGUCUUCCCUCUCGAUUCUUUCGGAAGCUCUAUUGCUUCUGAUGCAUUUUUCGCGAGACACAACCGCCAGACCAAACAUAUUAGCAGAAUCACCUGUGGCAGUAACACCAUAUGCGCCUUGACAAGUUAUGGUGAGGUUUUUACAGUAGAUGUGCCUCGGAACGUCGAGUCGGUGCCAAAUAAGUCAACUACCAAUCCAUCUAAAGCUCGCAACGCCUUGCCUACCCCGUCCAAGAUCUGGUCGAUCCGCAAAUCUCAUAUGGCUGCGGCGGAUGUUGCUGUCGGUCAGGAUGGAUCCGUCAUCCUCUGUACUGCCGCUGGAACAGUAUGGAAGAAAGAGAAGCGAGCAAAAAUCAAAUCUGUGCAUGCAGACGAUACGAAAUCUAAAGACUACAAAUUCACGCGCGUGCCCAACAUCUUUGGUGCAAUUGCAGUUCGAAGUAACUCGUACGGGGCGUUCAUGGCUAUUCGUAAAGAUUGCCAGGUCAUGAAGAACCAAAUUGCAGUGGAAGCGCCACAUCUUUGGCACGACAUGUUCAACUUGCUUGCAUUUCGUGAGUAUGGUGAGAUUACUGACGACGAGAACGCUGCUGAGCCACAACUACGUCUCUGGAGACCUGCCACUGCAGGACCAUGCCCAGCACUUAUUAAGCGAGCUCUUCUGACCGAUUUGAAAGCCGAGCAAGAUUUCAUUCAUUUGUCCAAACGUUUCGAACCAUUAUCCACCUCGGACUACGAUGUAUGGAUUACUUCAAACGUUACCGAAGUUCGUCUGCCAGUUCAUAGUCUCAUUCUCAAAGCCAGGAGCAAAGUGCUUCGUAAAGCACUUGCCGAAUUCUCCCAGUCUUAUUACUUCUCGCUUCCAGAUACCUUGGCCAUCGAAUAUGGUUCUGACGGACAGAUUCAGAUCCAAUUGCAAGGAGCAGACUUCCUAACUCUCACCAAUUUCGUUUUUUACUUGUACACUGACAACUUGGUGGACGUUUGGCGUUUCACGUCAAGUGCCUUGCAGCUUGCACCUCGUUACCGUAGUGUACGCACAGAGCUCAUGAAGAUCGCGAACGGUCUGGAAAUGAGACAUCUUGAGCGUGCAGUACGAGUCAUGGACGAGCCCAGUAGGUGCCUGCGAGAAGACUUCGAAGAUGGAUUUCACGAUUCCGACUUAUUUUCCGACGCAGACGUCGCCGUCGACCUGGCUGACGGCGAGGAACGAUAUGCUCAUAGUGUUGUUCUUCAGGCAAGAUGUCCAUUCUUUGAAGGAUUGUUCCGUGGCCACACAGGUGGAAUGUGGAUGGCGGACAGACGAAAGUCGGGCAACGAAGUGCUUGAGGCUGCUAGGGUUGACCUGAAGCACGUUGACGCCAAUAUUUUCGAGAUUGUGCUGCGACACAUCUAUGCUGAUACGGGUGAGGAAUUGUUUGACGCGGUUGUCACCACUGAUAUCGACGAAUUUAUCGACCUCGUGAUCGAUGUAAUGGCAUUGGCCAACGAACUCAUGCUGGGAAGACUUGCACGAAUCUGCCAAAAAGUUAUCGGACAGUAUGUCACACCCUGGAACAUCUGUGGUCUUCUCAACACCAUCGCUGAAUCUUCUGAGACCGAGUUCAAACUUGCUGGGUUGGAGUAUAUUGGCUUGAAUCUCGAAAAUAUGCUUGACCAGCGAUUGCUCGAGGAGCUGGACGAAUAUCUGCUUGAAGAGCUAAACGCCUCAGUUCAGUCGAACCAGCUAGCAUUCAUGCCAAUAGCAAGAAGUAGCAGGGCCCUGGAUCUCCUUCUCGAGCAGGAGCCAGCACUUGUGGAAAAUAUUGAACGAUGCCGACAACGCCGACUAGACUCAAUGCGUUUGCCAAGCAGGUAUGUAAUCGAGGCAGUUCGACCGACCCUAGCUGCAAGACCACAAAGUAAGGAAAACGUGCCAAGCCGGCCUCCCAGCGAGAAAAGAUCAGUCACAUCGACGUUGUCACCAGCAGCGGGAAGCCCUGCGAUAAUUCCUACGGAUGAUUUACAGUUCGAGAUGGAGGACGAAGCUUACAUCAGACCUGGCUCGGAGUCUAGCACCACAGCGUCUCCGUCCCUCGGAGGAAAACCCGAAGCUUCUCAAACACGAUUUCCACAUUUAGGACCGCCAGGACAGAGCUCUGUGGAACAAGAAGGAGGACUUGAUGUUGUAGCAACAUCCCCACAAACUGCAAGCCUUCCAGGAACGCCACUCGAUAGCGGAAAGAACGUUUAUCGUCCCGUAUGGGGCAGCUCGACACCAACAACACCUGGGCUAGGUCUCAGAGACAUCAUGUCACAAGAUUCUUCAGUCAAGGUCUCUAACUUGACCCAGUCCUUGAAGCAAGCCGCCGUUUCGUCUAAACAAGCACAGCCAAGAAUGUCACAGAAAGAACGCAAACGACAACAGCAGGAACAAAAGCUUCAGUCUCAGGCCCAUCUGGUGGAGAUGGAAGAAAGAGCCAAGCAAGGGCCGAACACCAAAACAGAAGCGCCGCAAUCUCCUUGGCAGAAGGUCGAAUCUAAGCAGACUCCGGUGACAUCUCCCGAGGUUACUCACGAGGUGAGACCAACACUUCCAUCUCGAGAAGCGACGAGUGCUGCAAGUGUACAACAACCCCAAGGUCGGAAUAAGAAACCAUCCCAACCAGCACGCAGUGUCUCUACCCCAGCCUCAACCCCAGGAAUGACUGGUUUCUCGAAAGCCCCUCCACCACAAAUACAAUCCAUCCGUCAUACACCAACACCCGCACAAGCAAGUUCCUGGUUAGAUGCACGGACGUCGAUGGCAGACAUAUUAGCACAGCAGCAGUACGAAAAGUCAGCUAUCAAAGAGUCUGCGGCGAAACGGUCGUUGGAGGAGAUUCAGCAGGAGCAGGAAUUCCAGGCUUGGUGGGACAGUGAGAGCCGUAGAAUCCAGGAGGAGGAGGCAGCAGUGAAUAAUGCUGUAGCCAGAAGUCGACCGUCAAGAGGGGGUCAAGGCGCCGCGAAGAAAAAUGCAAGUCGAGGAGACGGUAAAGCUCAACGCUCUCGCACACGACCAGGCCAUGACGAAAAUGACAGACCCGCGCACGCAGAGGCAUCUCAUCGAGGCAGGCAAAACGGGCGCGGUGGUUUUGCAGGUAGUGCUCGUGGGAGAGGUAAUAGGAGCAUGCCGCAAGAUGUACAGUAG